UUACAGUCGGUUUAUUAUGUAAAAAAACUGUGUGGAAAAGGAUAAAUUAGAAAGACUCGUCAGUUUAAAUACGUUUGACUGCUUAAUGAAAUAGCGCAUGUCCUUAUUCUGAAGGCACUUUUUUGUUUUCCGGAGGAAUCCAAACAAGCUAUCCCAACCGAAGCUAAUGGCGAAAGCCGCUGAUUUGCAGCGGAGACAAGCGUAGUGAAAUCAUCCAGUAAUACAACACUUUCUCCAAAGGUGCUCGUCCAACAAUAUACAUGAGAUCACACUCCAGCAGACACCGAUAAGCAGAAACGGAUGCGGACGGUGCUGUGAAACCGUGGAAGCGGGUGGAGCUGCUGCUGCCGUGAGGUGACCCCAUCAGCAUGAAGCCCGUGGCCUAUCAAAACUUCCUCUCCUCGAUGUACGGCAUGGCACCGCCCGUCUACGUGGUCCCCGUACCAAGCUCCCCUAAAAUGGCACGCUGCGACAAGUGCGGAUUCAUGGCCUCGGACAUGGAGUUGUUCAAGAAGCACGUGCUCGAGCACACGGCGGCGAAACUGUACUGCAGUUAUUGCCAGAAAUCCGUGUCGAGCCAGGACGAACUCACCGCCCACAUGCAGCAACAUCUCAAGCAAACGUUCACCUGCCCGUACUGUGGCAUUGGCUAUGUGAGGAAGCUCUGCAUGGUGAAGCACAUUGAGCGCGUGCAUAACGUGAGCAGUAGUCAAGGACCCCCAAAGAUCGGCACGGCUAUGAAUCCACCGUCAACAUUUCAGCCGGUCGGCGUGGCCGUGCCAUUCCCCACCAGGCCUGCCAUCAGACUGGACCAAGGCGGGCCGAAUUCUAGGACAGUAGACACAAAGCUCCUAAGUCACCCUAAUGGUAUUUCAAAUAAUUUACCUAACCACAACAGGGCUUUGACGGUGUCGCUCCCUGAGGAGGUGUCGAUCCCUGCUGGCUGCCUGGUGGAACUUGUCGAAGUGAAAACCGUCAAUGGGUCUAAAGAGCUCAAACUGAGGCUGGUCUCUCAACAAGACGACAACGAGGUAGUCAUGACAGACACAAGGACAGCAGUUGAACAAAACCCCCCAGCGGGGAAGACCGUAGCAUCCAAACUGAAUGCGACGAAGAUAACAAAUACGGGGAUGUGCUUUGUGAACAAGAAGCCGUUUGAAACGAUGACCCCGGUCAGCACGUCCAAAAGCAUAGUCUCCAACCAAGUCUCGAUGAAGAGAACGUCGGAGGAAGUCAUCAACCUAUCGGAGUACUACCCAAACAAGGUUUCCAAAACUGUCCACUAUCCUGCAAAAGAAAAGACGGCGAGCCCGACGGCGUGGAACAAACCUGUUUCCGCUGGAGCCAAAUCUGAUGGCGUCAUCUUCGUAAGAAAGACCUGCCUUGUGCCGCCGGAAAAAACUGAAUUGCGUGUUUCUCAGCAAAAAACUGACGAAAGGAUGACAAGUCUUCCAGAGCAUCGCAAGACUAUUUCCGCCGUGGCAGGACGUCCCGUUCGAGACAUGUUGACGUCUGUCAAAGUUAAAGCCUCUUCCAAAGUCAGGAAGACUCCAGAUUGUAUUAACCUGGAAAAUCAGAGCUCCUCCUCUUCAAAUGAUCCUUCAGGUGCAGCUGUGCGAGUGGCACCUCUGAGGAUCAAGCUCGGCAAGAACAGACCCUCUCCCAAGUCCUCUUUCCAAGUUCCCUCCACUUUGCUAAGAUUGCUCAAUGAAUCGUCAUCUGUCAAAGCGCCCAUGGAUUCCUCUCGCCGGAAGUCCGGCGUACCAGCUGGGUCUCAGGGCGUCGGCGCCAGGGAGAAGACGCCGGAGCCCGAGAGCUUCCCGGUCAUCUCAUCUGUGUUUUCGCUGAGCCAACAACCAGGGGAAACUCAGGGCGCCAUGGUCAUGGCUCUGCGGGGCAUCGUCAUGGACAAACAUCACAACAUCGAGGGUUUGAAACCAGCUGCCGACACGCAGGAUCGGUUACCAGUGAAGCGGGCGCAUGUCCCUGUCAAACUGGAACGGCAUGAGAAAAUAAUGGAACACCAGCCUGUCAUGGCACGGAAUGACAUUAAAAAGGAAGCGAAUCAUGAGAAGGACAGCAUGACGCAGAUGGACAAAAAUAAGUGUUUGAAGUCUGAAAACGAUGAGCUGGUUUGUAAUAAGUCCUCUGCUGUUGUGUAUAACUUGUCAAAAUACGUGACCGUCGCUUUGACAAGAGUGGACGAAUACGGCGCAUGGAAAAAGAGCAGAAAAAGGCCGAAAACCAGGGCGCCCAAAUACAAGCGCCUGACGUCCGCACCCAGCGUCCGCACCGACAACCAACUGAUGCCGCUCCAGUCAGACCAGCUGAUGACGCAGCUGAAACCUGUAGUGUCCGAAUGCAAAACCCGGACGUCCGCACCAAGCGUCCGCACCGAGAUCCAACUGAUGGCGCUCAAGUCGGACCAGCUGGCGACACCCGUAGUGUCCGAAUGCAAGCCCCCGACGUCUGCAUGCAGCGUCCGCACCAACAACCAACCGAUGGCGCUCAAGUGGAACCAGCUGACCACACGGCCGAAACCGGUAGUGUCUGAAUACCAGCUCCCGACGUCCGUGCCAAGCGUCCGCACCGAGAACCAACUGAGGGUGCUCAAGUGGGACCAACUGGCAGCGCGGCUGAAACCCGUUGCGUCCGAAUGCCAGCCCCCGACGUCAGCGCCAAGCGUCCGCACCGAGAACCAACUGAGGGUGCUCAAAUGGGAUCAACUGGCGGCGCGGCUGAAACCCAUUGCGUCCGAAUGCCAGCCCCCGACGUCAGCGCCAAGCGUCCGCACCGAGAACCAACUGAGGGUGCUCAAGUGGGACCAACUGGCGGCGCGGCUGAAACCUCUAGCGUCCGAAUGCAAGCCCCCGAUGUCUACGCCCAAUCCCCGUACCAAGAACCAACUGUUGGUGUUCAAGUGGGACCAGCUGGCGGCGCAGCUGAAACCAGUAGUGUCCGAAUGCCAGCCCUCGACGUCCGCACCAAGCGUCCACACCGAGAUCCAACUGAUGGCGCUCCAGUCGGACCAGCUGUCGACGCGGGCGAAACCCGUAGCGUCCGUAUGCCAGACCCCAACAUCCGCACCCAGCCCCCGCACCAAGAACCAACUGAUGCCGCUCAAGUCGGACCAGCUGGUGACAAACCCAGGCCCAGAUCAGCCUGUGGUGAUCCUCAAUCACCCCAAACCGCGGUCUCCCGUUCAGGAAACGGACGCCGUUACCCACGCCAGACGCCCGGAGAAACCCGCAAAGUGCCAAAUAUUAAAGAUGAGGCUGGGCAAGGUGAUGGGACGGAAGUACGAGGUCACUGGAUGCACUGUUCGGGUCUCCCAAUAAGCAUAUGCGGAGUAUUUGCAAUGAAAGCACUAUUUUUUAUUUAAGACCUGACAAAACAUUCAAUACUGGACAUUUUUGUACAAAUAUUUAUCUGUAACGUGCGCUUCUCCAUGGGUGUUAGAUUCUGUCGGGAAAGUACAAGCAAGGAAACAUUUCAAAGCCUUAUUAGCGACUCGUAGCAUAGACUCUGUAUAGGCAAUGUGCUACAAACGCCUCAUAAUUAUAUUCAUUGUUCUUGGACUAUGUUUAAAAGAGGAACGAGAUACAGUAUGAUAGAUAUACGUAGGACAAUGUUUGCUGUGUUGUUGUUUUUUUUUCUUAAACAAUGCCUCUUUUUAAUCCCUGUCUCGAUUUAUUAAUCGUAAGCCGCCGCAUGAUUGGAACUGCCACUCCCUCUUCGCACUUAGCAACCGCCGCCCCGUAUAGUAGACUGCAUCGCCAUCUGCGGCGUCUUUUGCAGCCUGUCAUGCACAGUCAUGACUAUUCCCUUCAAAUGUGUCAUCGUCAACAAGUUAAUCAGCAAUAAACUCCCACCUGUGGUACGUUUGGCGGCAAAAUCCAUCCAGAUCAAAACCUCAUGCCACUAUAUGAUAGGUCAUUAGUUGCUAUUUAAGACCGGAUUCAUUUCUUUUGUUAAUAUUCCACUUAAAAACAAAAGGAAUCCAUGUUUUCAGGGUGUGUUACAUAUAUAAAUAAAAUGUUCACGAAUGACAAUAUCCAGCCAACAAAUAUUUGUUGUCAUUUAUGUUGGUGAGCUGCAGAUUUCUGCACUCUUAAAGGCAAAAUCCGUCCAGAUAAAGAAGCAACAAUCGUGUGGGUCAAAAUGUAUGUCAUUGUAUGUGAAUAUUGACACUGGUGGAGAAAACGAGAUAAAGCGCCCUACUUUGUGUAAAUACUGCAAAAAAAAAAAAAAAAAAAAAAAAAGAAUAAAUAACAAUGCUUGGUGUUAUUGUAGUGCGGAGGAUUGUUUUUACCCACUCGGGAAGGAGUGCCUGAAUGCACCAUGUGUGUCGAUGUGGCAGCUUUAAGUUACCUUUUGUAUUUAUUUA